UGACUCCUACGCAUUUCCAGAAGCCAACACACGCUGCCAACUGCUCCAUUCCUCACGGAUUAUCCAUACUAAUUCCGCUGAAAUCUCCACCAUCUCCACGAAAUCCCCGAAAAAGGUCGGAUCUUUUGGCAAAAGCCAGCGGUCUUGUCCACAAAAACCACGAGAAAGAUUGCCCAGCCACUUCCUGCGAGUUUGCGCCCGCUUCUAGUGCUGCCCGCUUCUAGAACGCGUCCAGAAUUCGUGGACUCCCCCCCGCCCCCCGACCCAUCUCACACGCCAAGUCCCGGUACAAAGCCCACGGAAUUUCCCCCGAUUCCAAUUCGAGUUCUUCGCUUUCAGUCAGUCGCCGCCGCCGCCGAAUUGAACCCAGCUCGCCGGGUUCAGGUUUGCCCCCAAUUUUUUUCUUUCUGCUAGGAGGCCGCGGCGACCAUGGGCAACUGCUGCGGCACGCCGGCGACGCAGGAAGGCAGCAACCGCCGGAAGAAGCCGAAGGCGAACCCGUACAACGUCGCGUACAACCGCGGGGCGGCGCCGCUGCCGGCGCGCCCGGGGCUGGUGGUGCUGCGGGACCCGACGGGGCGGGACCUCGGCGCGCACUACGAGCUCGGCGGCGUGCUGGGCCGGGGCGAGUUCGGGAUCACGUACCUGUGCACGGAGGUGGCCACGGGGGAUCGGUAUGCGUGCAAGUCCAUCUCCAAGCGGAAGCUGCGGACGCCCGUGGACGUGGAGGACGUGCGCCGGGAGGUGGACAUCAUGCGCCACAUGCCGGCGCACCCAAACAUCGUCAGCCUCCGCGCCGCCUACGAGGACGAGGACGCCGUGCACCUUGUCAUGGAGCUCUGCGAGGGAGGGGAGCUAUUCGACAGGAUCGUCGCCCGGGGGCAUUACACCGAGCGCGCCGCCGCCGCCGUCACGCGCACCAUCGUGGAGGUCGUCCAGAUGUGCCACAGGCACGGGGUCAUGCACCGAGACCUUAAACCAGAGAACUUCUUAUUUGCAAACAAGAAAGAGAGUGCCGCUCUGAAAGCAAUUGAUUUUGGGCUGUCCGUGUUCUUCAGGCCUGGUGAACGAUUUACUGAAAUCGUAGGCAGUCCUUACUACAUGGCUCCAGAGGUUUUAAAGCGGAACUAUGGCCCUGAAGUUGAUGUCUGGAGUGCUGGAGUGAUACUUUACAUACUUCUUUGUGGUGUACCACCAUUUUGGGCAGAAACUGAACAGGGAGUAGCACAAGCAAUUAUACGAUCUGUGGUAGAUUUCAGAAGAGAGCCAUGGCCCAGGGUAUCUGAGCCUGCUAAAGAUCUUGUCAGGAGGAUGCUGGACCCGAAUCCAAACACUCGGUUUACUGCAGCACAAGUACUUGAACAUCCAUGGUUACAUGACUCAAAAAAGAUGCCAGACAUUUCUCUCGGUGAUGCUGUCCGAGCAAGGCUGCAGCAAUUUGCUGCAAUGAACAAGUUAAAGAAGAAAGCACUAAGGAUAAUUGCUGAGCAUCUGUCUGAGGAGGAAGCAGCUGAUAUAAAGCAAUCGUUUGAUAACAUGGAUGUGAACAAGAAUGGCAAGCUAACAUUCGAGGAAUUCAAAGCUGGGCUUCGUAAACUUGGAAACCAAAUGCCUGAUUCAGACCUUCGUGUAAUAAUGGAUGCUGCUGAUGUUGAUAACAAUGGGACCCUGGACUAUGCGGAAUUUGUGACUGUGUCUGUUCAUGUGAGGAAAAUAGGAAAUGACGAACACAUUCAAAAGGCCUUCACAUACUUCGACCGGGAUAAGAGUGGGUACAUUGAAAUUGAAGAGCUUAGAGAGGCACUGGCUGACGAACUGGAGGGAACUGAUGAAGACAUUAUCAAUGGUAUCAUCCGAGAUGUGGACACGGAUAAGGACGGGAAAAUAAGCUACGACGAGUUCGCGGCGAUGAUGAAGGCCGGCACUGACUGGAGGAAGGCGUCCCGGCAGUACUCGCGGCAGCGGUUCAGCAACCUGAGCCUGAAGCUCCAGAAGGACGGGUCCAUCGGCGCCGAGACACGGUAGGGCACUGAGCAGGGAGGACGGCGAGAAAACACAGCGCUGGUGUCUUGAGGCUGUGUGUGUCGUGUGGGUAGUAAGUAGUACUGGGUGUUUUGUUCGUCCGUUCGUUGUUUUACUGUGAUGUGACGGGUUUGGUCGUCAGGUUAUUUCUCAUUCUCCCUGUUUCUCUCUUACACGGUAAAAAGGAAUUCUUCACUUGAGCUGUGAUUCUUGGGUUUGUAAAGAUGGUGUUGGGGCCCCGUACAUUUUGUAGAUGAAGCAGCAUGUAUUAAAAAAUUUGCUUGUGUGAUGCAAAGGUGUAAUGGUUUUUUGCCUGCAAAA